UAGGGGUUUUCCCUCGGGAUUUCCCCUUACAGUAUCGACAGUGAAAGCAUAAACAACCACAUGUACACAGUGUGUGUGUGUACCGAGACUGUGCUCCAGUCUAGUCAUGCCUGCCAAGAAGAUCAGUCACCUCCCUCCCCUGACUGUCAGACAGUUGUGUAGGUAUUUGAACACUGAGGGUGCUGGAGUGCGUAACUGGAAGGACCUCAUAGCCUAUGCUCCAGGUAAUGUGUAUGAUGCUAUCUAUGAUGUGGCAGCCUUUGCUCGCGCUGGAGGGAGGAUGGAUAGCAGCCCAGCAGAGGAAGUGUUGACUGACUUUGCCUCUCUUGGGUUCACCUGUGAUGACCUCUACACUACUCUAGCUCGUAUGGAGGCACGACAAGCCAUGGAGACUCUUGAGGAACACGUGUCCCCUGAUGUUGUGACCCGGGUGAGAGAGCAGCGCAACACACCACCCUCUACUAGUAGCCGCCCUCCCCCCAUGCCUGACCGCGCCCCCUCUCCUGACACACACCCGGAGUAUGGCCCCCUCCCACCACACCCUCCACCCACUAUAGCACAAACACUCGCUAGUGCUAGUGGAUCACGUGAUCAGCCAUCACAUAAUACUGGUUACUAUGGUGACACGUACAUGUACCCUCCGUCUCAGAGAUCACGUGACCUAUCCACCCCCUCAUGGUCUAGUAACGGCUAUGUUAGUUCAAGUGGGUGGAGCUCUGAUAGUACUGCCCUCCCACCGCUAACCCCUCUUCCCACUGAUUCCAGCCGUCCGUCGUCGUCAAGCCAACAGACCACACCCACUCCCUCUGAUCACAUGACAUCAUCCUCGGGUCAUGUGACUCCCAACAUCCUCCACUUUACCUACACUGAGCUGAGUGAUGUGACUGGAGACUUCACUGCUGACAUCCUGGGUAUGGGGGCGUUUGGUACUGUCUUUAAAGCCAAGAUCCGCGGGAAUGGACCGUACGCUGUCAAGAGGUUACACAAUGAGAGUGAGAUUGUUGGAGGAGGGAUGUUCUAUGACACCAGCUUCCAUAGGGACACGUUCGCACAAGAGCUACAAGUCCUCACAAGGUAUAAUCAUCGUAAUAUUCUGUCGCUGGUUGCCUAUAGCAACGACGGACCUGUGCCGUGUUUGGUGUAUGAGUACAUGAAGCACGGAUCACUAGCCGAGUGCCUGGUUGCCACGAGAGAUAUUGUACUGCCCUGGUAUCUACGUCUGGAUAUAGCCAAGCAGAUUGCAGACGCUCUCCACUUCCUCCACACAGUCAACAAGCCCACGUGUCUGGUGCAUGGUGAUGUUAAGAGUGCCAAUAUACUGCUGGAUGCGAACCUUGUACCCAAGUUAUCUGAUUUUGGGCUGGCCAGAGAAUUGAAACGCAGUCCCAAUGAGCGGAGCACAUACAGUACCAAGAGCGAUGUUGUCAUGGGAACCAUGGCGUAUAUGGCGCCUGAGUUCAUUCGUAACAAGAAGUUCACUGCUCGUACUGAUGUGUACAGUUAUGGAGUGGUGCUGAUGGAGAUGUACACUGGCCAACCAGCCCUGAGCAGUGACCCAGCACACAAGAGCAGGGUCCUAACGGAUCGACUGUCUCGCUUGAUAGCAGACUCUGAGGGUCACCGUGACGAGGUGGUUGCCGUGGGUGAUCCUCGUGCUAAGUGGCCAGUACAGAAUGCAGUGGAGUUGUUUGAUAUAGCGACAGUGUGUCUAGUGCAUAUCCCCAGGAAGAGGCCGGGGAUGGACCAGGUACUCAUACAGCUGGAAGCCAUACUGCCACCAAUGGGGGCAAUCUGAACAAAUUAAUGUGUGAAGCUGAAAUCAAGAACUUAAUAUUUGUACAAUCAUAAUUAUAUUCAUUCCCAUCAAUUUAUUUUUGUGCUUUUUGCUGUGUGGAAAAACUGUGAUAAAAAAAAGGUAAUUACUCAGCAA